AUGAUUUUGGUAGAUGGAGACAAGUACGCCUGCGAGCAGUGCAUCCGAGGCCACAGAUCUUCGCAGUGCCAGCACAUAAAACGGCCGUUGGUGCUGGUGAGGUCCAGAGGCCGUCCAGCUACAGACUCUUCCAAGAGAAUAGCUAUUGUUGGAGAGGAACUGGAGCCAGCCGAAGAACAUAACUGCAGCGACCAGAACUGCCACUGCCAGCUCACCAAGGUCUCGGACAAGUCGGUGAUUGUUCUCAAGGCAAAUAAACGCCAGGUGUUCAACGUGGCUAAGCGAUCUUUAAAGCUGUUAGAUCCCGUGAUAGAAAUUCCCAAUAAACAAGCCGGUCUUGAUCUCAUAACCAAUCGCACACAUGGAAAGAGCUCUUGCAAACCGAAGAGGGCAAAGAUAGAACACCCACAGCCUCCUAUGACCUACGAUAUGUUUGUUACUGACUCGUGUACGGUUCCUGGUUCCUGCUCUUGUGAUCCCGACAUGUGCAACUGCGAGUUCUGUCAGGUACACAAUACCAAGACGGCCGAGACUUAUGCCCCACUUUCGUACGGGAAAGUGAAUGUUGAAGAAUACUCUCUUAGCGGAACCCCCACCGACGAUGGGGAAUGCUUCUGCGCCGCGGAUGAUUGUGGGUGCUAUAAUUGUGAGAAACACGGCCGCGUGAAUGGCCAAACCGUUGGUUUACAAGAAGCCGCUCUUAAUUUCCUAAACGGUUUGGACAUCUCGGAACUUGAUUUCGACUGCUGUUGUCCAGACGACUCGUGUAACUGUACAAACUGCUUCAAACACGGCAGAUUUCAAAACGAGUCUUUAUCCUAA